CGUGCUGCGACAGGUCAAGGGGGAGCGGACUUGCUGUUCCCCCGGUUAGUUAUUGCUCUUUCCCUUCCUCGCUUCGAACCAAAUCAAAUCGGAGCAGCGAAACAAAAGAUCCCUAGCCUCUCCGCCUUCGAUUCGGCCAGACACCAAUCAGCUAGCUAAUGCCGCGCCAGUCGCGAGAUCUGUAGCGGCACUGGGGUUUCACCAGCGGCGCGGCGGGCAUGGAGGCGCAGAACGGCGGCGGCGGCGGGGCACCGGUGGUGCUCAACGUGUACGACCUGACGCCCAUCAACAACUACCUCUACUGGUUCGGCCUCGGCAUCUUCCACUCCGGAAUCGAAGUUCAUGGCAUGGAGUACGGAUUUGGAGCACAUGAGUUCCCAACAAGUGGGGUUUUUGAGGUGGAACCAAAAAGCUGCCCUGGAUUCGUUUAUAGAAGGUCUGUUUGGGUGGGCACAACCAACAUGUCUAGGGCAGAGUUCCGCUCGUUCAUUGAAAAUCUUACAGGAAAGUACAAUGGCAAUACAUAUCAUUUGAUUUCAAAGAAUUGCAACCAUUUUACAGAUGAUGUCUGUAAGAACUUAACCAGGAAAUCAAUCCCUGGAUGGGUGAAUAGGCUAGCAAGAGUGGGUUCAUUUUUCAACUGCCUUCUACCAGAAAGCAUCCAAGUAUCUACAGUCAGACACAUCCCUACUCAUCCUGCUUUUUCUGAUGAUGAUAUGGAAUCGAUAUCUUCAUCGGUCAUUGGAGACAGUGAUGUGGAAGAGUUGGACCAACACCUGCUGCCAGCACCAACUGCUGACCUCCAUUCUGUAGACAUGCCGCCAAAGAUAGCCAAAGAUCUUCUCUGAAUUAUUCCACCAUUUUGGAUUCCACGCAGCAGUGUAACUUCCACCAUGCUGUUUAUAAUGAGUAUGCCUUGUCUGAUUGUUUCAUAA